AGCUGGCAUCGUUCUGUCUUCCAUGUACAUAUCGUGAAUAUCCCCAGAUUUGGCGGUCAUUGGGGGAACUCAUGUCAUAGGAUGUCAAAAUCAGAACCUGAAAAGGGAACUCAGUCACCACUAUGUGUUGUAAAUCACCGUGAACACCAAUGUAUAUCUAAAAGAGCAGCGAGCAUGAGGCGUGGUCUUGCGGGGUUAGGCAAGAAACAACAUGCCCUCAACCCUUAUAAUAAGGAAACUAACCGUGAGGGAAUAGUUGGUCUUGCAAUUGCUGAGAAUACAUUAACACAUGACGUCAUAGCAAAAAAGCUUUCAAUGAUCCAAUCUACCUUCCGUCUAAGUGUAGAAAUUUUGAAAAAUGCUGAUGCUGCGGGUUCCAAACAAUUCAGAGAAACAUUGGCAGCAUUCCUAACAAAGUAUGGGGGUGCAGUAAAGCCACUAAACCCGGAUAACCUUAUAAUUGUAAAUGGUGGUGGGUCUGCAGUAUCAAUGUUGUCCACAGUGCUGUGUGAUCCAGGAGACGCAUUUUUAAUCCCGACGCCAUUUUAUUCUGGCAUUGAACCUGAUUGUGGACGACUGGCGCAGGUUGAAUUGGUUCAUGCUGAUUUGACAAGUCAGUCUGGAAUUGGAAUACAGCCGUUUCAACUUACAGUAAAUACAUUAGAAGAGGGACUUCUCAAAGCCAAGAAACAGGGUUUUAUUGUCCGAGGUAUAUUUCUUAUAAAUCCUAACAACCCAUUGGGUGAUGUGUAUUCAAAAGAUCUGGUUAUGGAUUGCCUAAUAUUCGCAAAAAGUCACAAAUUACAUGUAAUUAUGGAUGAAAUCUAUAUGCUGUCUGUGUUUAAAGAAGAUGUUCAUUUCACUAGCGUGAUGGCCUUGGAGCAUUUACCAGACCCUGACCGUACACAUAUGAUAUGGGGUUUUUCUAAGGAUUUCUGUAUGUCUGGACUGAGAUGUGCAUGUAUUUACAGUUGGAAUGAUCAAGUUGCCUCGUCAUUAAAGACAAUUGCAGAAUUUCACAGUGUACCAACGUAUCUCCAGUCAUUACUCAAUGAAAUGAUAUUGGACAAAGAGUGGGUGACGCAAAUCUAUAUAAAAUUGAAUCAUCAACGACUAAAGGAAUUUCACUCCUAUAUGUGUAAAGGAUUGAAAGACAUUGGAAUAAAGAUUCUUGAAAAACCUUCCGGCCUCUUUGUAUGGGCAGACUUUCGACAGUUUAUAAACCCAUCAACAUUUGAAGGCGAAUUUAACUUGUAUAACGAGUUUUUGGACAACAAGGUUUAUUUGCUUCCCGGAGAGGGAUUAUUUUGCUGUGAACCAGGGUGGUUCAGGAUAAUAUUUUCUGUAUCUAAAGAUGAAAUAGAUCAAGCCCUGGAAAGGAUUGCUACUGUUAUUAAUAAACGAAGAUCAAAAGAAUACAUUCAAAGUGCUAUUUCCGAAAUCAGCUCUAUAAACCCCAAGACAUAA